AUGUCAAGCUCUUCUAACUCCGGCUCUGGCAGCUCUGGUUCCUCUGAAGAGGAUAAACCAUGUGUGACCCUGGAGAACUCUGAGACAUCCUCCGAAGCUGAAGUCGCCUCAGCGAAAGCUCGGGCACGGGCAGGGAUGUUCACAUGGCCGUGUCCACGCCAUUUUCAUGCAGAGUUGUCAGAGCGCCAAUCCGCGAGAGUCCUCAAGCCUGCUGAUGUUUCUCGAGAAGACUUCUUGGAAACUUUCAAAACUGUGCUACGUCGCAAGGGCUAUCUCCACAACCUCGUUAAGGCAGCAGUGGCAGACGAGCCGCACAAGCAUUACCAAGCAGAUGGGAACGCAAGAGAAAGGCACAAACAUUUGAUUUUCUUGUUUCGACAACCUUUCGUACAUGCUAGUGUCUGCAAGAUGUUGGGUGAGCAAUUUGGCGCCCACGGGUUUUUUACCUUUCACCGAGCGGGCUGGGUGGCCUACUUGGAUUAUUUGAUGAGCGAGAGUGCAAAGAAGCCGGCCCAGGACUUGGAUCGUCAAAUGGUUUUUUACCCCGCAGCAUACACAUGGCAAAGAGCCGAAGCUGAGCUUGGUCAGAUGUCUUUGCAGAUGUCAGGUCGACGCCAAAAUGAUGGCGUGCAGCAGCGCAAAGAACCUGAGCCCAAGCGCCGCAAACAGAUGACUUUCAGUGAGCUGACGGACUUUGUCGUUGAGCGCGGUAUCCGUGCUGUGGGCGCACUUUGGCAGGAAGCCAAAGAGGAGAAAAAGGCCGGCAAUCCAUUGAUUUGGAACCAUUUGGGGUCCUUGCGAGAUGCCAACGCAGAGUUGCAGAAGAUCUUGGGUGCGUGGCACCGUCCAGAAACGUUGGGCGCUACAACUCUGGUGUCCACACCCACAUUUGCGUUGACCCAAUUUGUUUUGCCACCGCCUGUGCAAGAGUGGAUGCAAACCGGUUACUCCAAAGUUGCUUUGAUUUUGCAAGGCCCGCCCGGAACCGGGAAAACAGAAAUGGCCCUCAGCAUCCUCUUGAGCUUGUGCCCUGCUGGGGUACAUUUCCUGUCAAAAUUGGACCAAAUCAGGAAGAUCACCAUCAAUGGUGGACAAGGACUACUGGUUGAUGAAUGCACCUUCCGCAACAUUGACAUCGACGACGCGAAAGCUUGGACCGACAUUGCCCACCCUCGAGACGUUCGAGCUAGGAAUCAAGACGGUCACAUUCCCAGUGCUGUGCCGAGGAUAUUCACAACAAAUCAUCACAUAGGUCAAUUUUGGCCUCCAGAGUAUUUCGAUGUGAACCAUCAACAAGCACUAGAUCGUCGCACGCUCUGGUUGCACAUCCCUGACAAAGUCUUCGAGACGAAGCACCAGGCUACAGUUGCAGCUCCAGGUUUCAAAGCGGGUUUGGCCUUGGGUGACAGCAAGGUUGCAGAGCCCAACACAACGCUGCUUUCUACUCCGGCUCCAGACAUUGAUUCAGUUGCUCAGCUUGACGAGGAAGAGCUCAAUGACAUGAUGAACAAAGCGGCUGAAGUCAAGGCAACUCUGGCGCAGAACCAAGCCAAAAUCCGAAGUUGCCAACAGCAAGCCCGCCGACAGGCAAAGUCUUUGCUCCAGGGUGGCCUAUCUUGCGCUGCCGUGAGGCGAGUUCUUGCAGUAUAUGCUGUAUCAGAAUGGGAUUUGGGUUUGGCAGUGCAGGCAGCACAGCGGCUAUCCUCUUUGGCUACAUCUGAUGCAAGAUUUCCCACGUCAGAGUCUGUGCGGACACUCUUCACAGAGCAUGACCUGGACGAUUUGCUGCAGCUAUUUGAUGAUGGCCAUGCACUUUGGGUACCUGCGCGGAAGUUUGCUUCUCAAUGGGCUGUGCGGAGAGGGCGCCUGCGGGCAACUGAUGCUGUGGAUCCCGACCUUCUUCGCCAGAAGGGGUACCAUGACAUGGCUGUGCUUCUGGGCGCCGCUGUGCCGCAGCUGAGGGCAGCGCAAUACACCCGACGGAAGCGUCGGGCCUGUGGAGAGCUGCGGGAGUUGGCUGCUGAAACCGCUGUUGAAUGCCCUGCGGGCACGAGGACUGAGCUUAAGAAAGACCAGUUUGAAGCGCUGGUCCAAGCUGUCACGCAGCAGCAAUUGACCCCAGAGCAGCGGGCCAGACUAGAUGAGUUGACGGAGUUGUAUUUUCAAUUGGAGGAAAGGCCUGCAGUCGCACGCCAACCUUUUCGCCUGAGGGCAUCUGCUGCGUUGUUCACCUACAAUGUGCAAAAUUUGACGGAAGAUGCCUUUUCCGAAUUUGUCAGUUUUAUUGAAACGCUCGAGAAUGUCGUGCGUUGGACAGCAACAUUAGAAGAAUCCCUGCAUGCCACCGAGAGUGGCCGUUUGCAUUUACAUUGCUUUUUGGAAUUUAGUCGGGCGCCCGAUUGGGCCACCUUGCAGCCUCUGACAUGGCGUGGGGUGUUGCCAAACUGUUCGGCCUGCAAGGCCAGAGGUCCCAGGUGGAGAGAGGCAGCUGACCAAGGGCAUUUUUAUUGCUGGGCUUGGAAGCUUGGCACGCGCUGCGUGCGCACAAGCAAUCAUGAACCUUGGGUGCACUAUACAGUCCGUGCCACCUGGCUGGACCUUCUGUGGUCUGGACACAAAUUGAGUCACGAAGUCUAUUUGGAGUACGCUGCGAAAGUUCGGCUUGGUUUUAUUACACGCAGCAAGCAAGUGGAAGCCGUUGUAGCACAUGAGCAAAUGCGAGCCUUUGAAGCGGAGCAGGCAGCUGCAGUGGCACGCCUUGCGCCCUUGAAGCGUCCGUUCAAAGCUGAUGUGGUGGAAAGGUUGCAGGCCUGGGCUUCUCAAUAUGAAGAGCUUCAACCGCGCUACAAAUUCUGCGUCUUGCGUGCAGGGUCACGGUGCGGUAAGAGUACUCUGGCCAAAUCCUUGCACGACCUAUUCCCUUGGAAGCCUCCCAGUGCAG